AUGUGGAGGAAUUGCUGUGAUCUGACAGUGACCAUAGCAAUAAUGUUGACAACGAUGAAUCUUCCUCUCCACACGGCGGUUUCGGUCAGGUCCCGGAGUUGGUGCUGCUACGCCUCGCUUUCCGUGCCUCAGCCACAGGCCAAACCCCAACUCCUGAACGGAAACCCUCCCUCCCGACCCGCCGACCGGAAAGAGAUCCGUCUCGGCUUGCCCAGCAAAGGUCGUAUGUCCGCGGACACGCUCGAACUUCUCAAGAAUUGUCAGUUGUCGGUGAAGCAGGUCAAUCCUAGACAGUAUGUUGCUGAAAUUCCUCAGCUGUCCAACCUGGAAGUUUGGUUUCAGAGGCCUAAAGACAUUGUAAGAAAAUUGUUAUCCGGAGAUCUUGACCUUGGUAUUGUGGGUCUCGAUACAGUCAGUGAGCAUGGCCAGAGUAAUGAAGAUCUGAUUAUUGUCCAUGAGGCUCUGGAGUAUGGUGACUGUCGUUUAUCCCUGGCGAUUCCCCAAUAUGGAAUAUUUGAAAAUGUAAAUUCACUGGAGGAGCUUGCCAAGAUGCCUCAAUGGACGGAAGAUAAGCCUCUAAGAGUUGCUACUGGAUUCACCUAUCUGGGGCCUAAAUUUAUGAAAGAGAGUGGACUUAAGCAUGUGACAUUUUCAACUGCUGAUGGGGCACUGGAGGCAGCUCCUGCGAUGGGGAUAGCUGAUGCUAUCUUGGACCUUGUAAGUAGUGGGACCACACUGAAAGAAAACAACUUGAAGGAAAUCAAAGGUGGAGUUGUUUUGGAAAGCCAGGCUGUUCUUAUUGCAAGCAGGAAAUCAAUGAUACAACGGAAAGGAGUACUUGAAACAACACAUGAGAUGCUUGAGAGAUUGGAAGCACAUCUGAGGGCGAUUGGGCAGUUCACGGUUACUGCAAACAUGAGGGGAAGCAGUGCAGAGGAAGUGGCCGAGAGAAUACUGAGUCAACCAUCAUUAGCUGGUUUGCAGGGACCCACUGUAAGUCCUGUUUUCUGCAAGCGUGAUGGGAAGGUAACAGCGGACUAUUAUGCCAUAGUCAUAUGCGUGCCUAAGAAGGCACUGUACAAGUCUAUACAACAACUGAGAGCGAUUGGAGGCAGUGGAGUUCUUAUAUCACCCUUGACCUAUAUUUUUGAUGAAGAAACUCCGAGAUGGCGUCAGCUCCUAUCUGAACUUGGGCUGUAG